AUGGGAAAGAGUGUAUCCAAACAGCGUGAUAUUGAAAGAAAAUUCACAGAUGAAAGGGACAAACUCUUUAAAGAAUUUUUUUGUGCGAAGAAGGAAAUACAGAGGAAUUUUAACAGACAAAGAGGUGAGCUAGAGAACGCUUUUCACCUAGAAAUUGAUAAACUGUAUAAAAUUCAUCAAGGCCAGAUAAACACAAUGAAACUGCAAAUGCGAGAUUCACAGCUCGGGGAUUUCCACGAGAGAUGGCGGGGAAAACUAAACAGACAUCUUAGCUGGCCUAUCGAUGAAAGUACACCAAAGCAGUCACAUGACACAUCUUUGGGUGGAAGUACCGGGUGCGGGCAAAGCGAGUCCGGACGGAGCGGGCAAACAAUUGAAGAGGCCAAAACAACAGCUGAUUGGCAAAUUCUCGUCCAGCAUUUAAAAUUUGCUCUUAAUAAUCAAAAAGCGUUAUUUGAAAAUGCAUUGCUAGAGGAGAAAUUGAAGAUGCAAAAAUUGAUUGAAGCCGAGCGAGCAGCAAUGGAAGAAAGUGUUUUUAAACGCCUAAACCAAACACUGCAAAGUGCAUUGCUGGAAAGAGAAACUUUUAGAGAAGAAAGUUCUAAAUUGCAAAAUAUUUCAAAAACGAUGAUGUCAGACUGGGUGUUGAUCAACGAAUGCAAGAAAAGAAAGAGCACGCGUAGGAGAAGGUAUGAUAGUGAUUCUGAGGAGGAGAACAGUGGAGACAGUGGGGUGGAGGAGAAGACAACGAACGGAGAUAAACGAGGAAAUUAUUGGCGAAUGAAAUAUAUGGAAAGCCAGAAAAAAAACUCAAAAAGAUUAACAGAGCUCGAAGAAGAAUUCAAGGAAAAAGAAAAGUCCCUAAUUGAAGAGCUGUCAAGAACUAAAUGCUCGUUGAGGGACACUCACGCUAAAGAACUUAAUGAAGUACAAACAAUAGCUGCGAAGGAGCUUCAGAAGACUUUGAGGGAAGAGAGGCAGAUUUGUAAGGGCGCCAUCAAGGACCUGAACGAAAAAUUGAUAUCAAUGACGUCAGAAAAUGAAGAAUUAAAAGAAAGAAUUGAUGAAUUAUCAUAUUUACUUGACACAGAUGUUAAAGACUUGAAUGUUGAAUUGGCAGAAAAAUUAGCAAUUCUGAACAGAAUACUGUCAGAUAAAGCUGUCGAAUAA